CCCAGAAAAGGAAUGAUUCCCCCAAUCAAAAACAAAUCAGACAGCUCCAAACCCAUAAAUUCAAAUCCAUCAAAAUCCCUAAUUUCUUUCUCUUUCACUCUUCUUCUUCUUCUUCUUUGCUACUGAUUCAACGUAAUCUUCCACGGUUGUUGUUCAGUCAUGCAUCUCUACGCCAUGAAAGCAACCCCAGAAACUCAAAGGUCUUUUAUGAGCAAAAAUUUGAGUCCAAUCCUUCGGCGGGAAUUUGCUAAUCUUGAUAAAGAUGCUGAUACUCGUCGAUCGGCGAUGAAGGCGUUGAAAACUUACGUGAAGGAACUGGACUCCAAGGCUAUCCCUGUUUUUCUUGCUCAAGUUUCUGAGAACAAAGAAACUGGUGCAUUAACAGGGGAGUGCACCAUUUCUCUCUAUGAAGUUCUAGCUCGUGUUCAUGGCGUUAAUAUCGUGCCGCAGAUUGAUCGGAUCAUGAGUUCUAUUAUCAAGACUUUGGCUUCAAGUGCUGGCUCUUUCCCUCUUCAGCAGGCUUGCUCAAAGGUUGUUCCAGCGAUUGCAAGAUAUGGGAUCGACCCCACCACUCCUGAUGAUAAGAAAAAGCAUGUUAUUCACUCUCUUUGUAAUCCACUUUCAGAAUCUUUGUUGGGUUCUCAAGAGAGCCUUACUUAUGGGGCUGCCCUUUGCUUGAAAGCUCUGGUGGAUUCGGAUAAUUGGCGGUUCGCUUCCGAUGAGAUGGUUAACAAGGUUUGCCAGAAUGUUGCUGGAGCUCUUGAGGAGCAAUCUACACAGACCAAUUCUCAUAUGGGGCUUGUUAUGACACUAGCUAAGAGAAAUCCUCGGAUCGUCGAACCGUAUGCUAGAUUGUUGUUGCAGGCAGGGCUGCGGAUCUUGAAGUGUGGGGUAGUAGAGAAGAAUUCUCAGAAAAGGUUGUCUGCUAUUCAAAUGAUUAAUUUCUUGAUGAAAUGCUUAGAUCCUUGGAGUAUAUUUUCGGAGCUUCAGGCUAUAAUUGAGGAGAUGGAGAAUUGUCAGUUUGAUCAAAUGGCCUAUGUCAAAGGUGCAGCUUAUGAAACUCUACAAACGGCUAAGAGGAUAUCCGCUGAUAAAGUGUCUAAAAUGGAUAAAUCUCCAAGCUCAGUGACUGGAUCAAACUUCAUUGAUGGCAGGCGAAGUCCAUGGAGGAACGGGGGAAGCCGAACUCCCUCGUCCGAGUCUCCUGAAUCCCGGACGCUUGAUUCAUUCUUUGAUUAUGGCUCGCUUGUUGGAUCACCUUUUUCAUCAGUACAAACUUCUCGUAACUCAAGAUUUGACCGUGGGAGCGUGAAUCGUAAACUUUGGAGUUAUGAGAAUGGUGGGGUUGAUAUAUCCCUCAAAGAUGGCUUGCCUUUGUUCUCGGAAGCUGCUCGUGGAACCGAUGUUUCCGACACGAUGUCUGUGCACUCUGGAAAUCACAAAUUUGGCCAUAAUGGUGAAGAAUAUGCUGAUGAUUUUACGGGGUUUUUUCAAAUGAGUCCUCUUAAACGCAGUCUCUCAAGAAGUACUUCAACCAGCCCACUUCGGACUCCACACAACAUAGAUGUCGAAAACACGAUCUUCAACACUCCUCGGAAGCUCGUCCAUUCCCUUCAGGAUCGAAACGAUGGGAGCUCUGACUAUGCUAGCAAAAGUUGCAGACACAGACGUAGGAGUUUAUCAUCAGGCAAUUUGGAGUGGAGUCCUCCAGAUGAUCAGAAACUCAGCAAAGACGAUGCGGGAGACAGCUUAGACAACAACGAUAACGGCGAGCAAUCACACGGUGGUUCCGAAUCAAUCUCUUCAACUGAUGGUGUCCCUGCCCAUGGUGAUGUCCAAGCUGCUAUACCUGUGGCAGUGGCUUAUCAUAGUAAACUCAAACCUCAAUGUACAGGCAUUCAGAUGGCAUAUAAGAAAACUGGUUUGAAAUUGGUCUGUGGCUUCUCAAUUUUUCUUUUCACAAUAUUCACUUCAUUGCUGUGGAUUGAUGAUCGUGCCCAAGGCUCCUAUCUUGUGCCAACGUAGUGUUGUUCUUGCCUCACCUGGAAUUGGCUUUA